GCUGGUGGUAUUCUAAAAGCGACAUCUGGUUUUGUGCAAGUGUCUUUUGUUGUCUGCUCUGUUCUGUUCUGGUCCCUCUUCAGUGCCCACCCCCAUGUUGUCGUCAGUCAGGCCGAGGGAGAGCUGUUUCAUGUAUGACAUUCAUUCAAACCUUCUUCUCCCAUCUUUAUUUCCUCAUCAAACUCAUCUUUCCAAAAUGGGUUUUCUCUCUUUCUACGAUGUGCUUGGGAAUGGAGUUGAGCUGAUCAGUUACGCAAAUGUAUUUUUGUUGCGUAGAAAGGAAGCUGUUUCUUUUACUUUUUCGAUAUAAAGUCAAGUGACCAAGUGCCGUUUUGGAUCCAAGUUAACAUUACAUCCACCUCAUCUUGCUUCAUUAGAUUCUUAAAAUUCAUCAAACACUGCAUAUUCAGAUUGGUUUAGAAGCAUUGGCUGGCACUUGGUUGCUACAUAAUGCCAAUUGUUCAGAAAUUAUAUGAUACUUGCAAGGCAUCUUUGUCUCCUGAGGGACCCAUCUCAGAAGAAGCUCUCGAAAAAGUUCGAGCCCUUUUAGAUGACUUGAAGCCUUCUAAUGUGGGUCUUGAACAAGAGGCACAACUGGUGCGUGGAUGGAAAGGUUCUUUGAAUGGUACUAAUGGCAAAAAGGGGCGUAACGUUAGUUAUCCGUAUCCACCUCCUAUCAAGUACAUCCACUUGCAUGAAUGUGACAAAUUCUCUAUGGGAAUAUUUUGUAUGGCUCCAGGUUCUAUUAUCCCGCUUCAUAAUCAUCCUGGAAUGACUGUUUUGAGCAAGCUUCUUUAUGGUUCUUUACAUGUAAGGUCAUAUGACUGGCUGGAUUUACCUGGGUCAGAUGAUCCAUCUCAAGCAAGACCAGCAAAACUAGUGAAAGAUUGUCAGAUGAGUGCACCCUGUAACACAACAAUUCUACAUCCAAACAAGGGUGGCAACAUUCAUUGCUUUAAAGCUUUAACCCCAUGUGCUCUCUUUGACAUUCUUUCUCCUCCUUAUUCAUCAGAAGAUGGAAGACACUGCUCAUAUUUCAGGAAGUCACCUAGGAAAGAACUUCCAGGUGUUGACCUGGAUGAGUGUUGUGGGGUAAAAGCAUCUGAAGUGACCUGGUUAGAAGAGAUUCAAGCACCUGAAAACCUGGUUGUCAGGAGAGGUCUGUACAGAGGCCCUACUAUCAGACGAUGAAGGAUAUAACUAAUUAGUAUUUAUAUAACUUUAGUCAGUCAGGCAUGACUAGAAACUAAAUAUGAUGGGGAUAUAAAUUGCAGAUGGUACAUCUUGGAAAUAAUUAACCAUCUCAUCUGUAUGGUUGAUAACUGUACAUACUAUGAUAAACGGUGGCAGUUAAUGUUGGCUAAACCUAUGUAUCCUUGUUAUAACUUACUUUUUUUGGAUUAGAGGAAUAGCACCAACAUGAGAAUCAUUGGUGAAAA